GUUUCAACUGCGCAGUACAUGUCAGUACUUUUUGACAUGUACUUAAAAAGCACAUGGAAGAAGUAGUUGUCAAGAGAAAGCAAAAAAAAAUGAAAAUCUAAUGAAAACAAGAACUCAUGUUUAAAUUCUGUUGGAUAUAAAUUUGAGUGAAUGAAUACAGCUAACAAAAAUUCACGGAAAGAGAACUUACCAUUUGUUUCAAGAGAAUGUACUUAACACCAAGGGCCGAUCUCUAUGUUUAUUUGUUUCUCCCUUUUAGCCUUUCCUCAAAGAAUUCAAUCGGGAGGGGAAUGAACACUAACGGACGCUUUCUCUUAGUUAUAGAACUAUAUACAGGAAAUAUAACAUAAGUACUAGAUUUUGUUGAUUGAUCACUACAAUCACGAUAAAGAUUUCGAUGCAUUGCUGCAAUUUGGGUGCACUCUUGCUUCUUCACCCGUGUUUUUCUCCCUCCAUACUGCUCUGAGUGUCUGAAGAAAGUAAUUCGGAAUAUCAGUGCAAGUUUAGAGACUGAGUUAAGGUUCACUAACCAAGCACUCCCAUUUGCUCAAUUGAUCAUUUUCUUGAUUCUGGAACUUUAUUCACCACCUCACCAUAUCACUGACCACUCAAUCUUUUUCUUGUAUUUUUUCCAUAUCUUUUACAGGGUCUUAUGCGUGUUGAGGGUUUGGUUUGGUCAUUUGGGUGUUUUUAUACGAAUUCCACCAUUGGUUGCUGAUUAUUAGCCACCCAAACACGAAAUACACUCAUGAAAUGGACAGUAAAUGAGGAUGGGCAUAAACCUAAAGUACACAACAAUCUUAAUUUCCAGGUCGGGGUUGUCAAGUUGUUAAUAUGUAUUUUAGAUUUUAAGUACACCAUAAAUCUAUAAGAACUGGGGAAGCCAAAACUUCAAUGCUAUAGCGGAGCAAAAAAUUUCAAGAGCAAUAAUUAAAAACCUAAACCAAAAUGCUUGCAAACACUUAGGCUCUGUUUGGAACUUAAGGAAAAAAAAGGAAAAGUAAAAAAAUUUCCCUACUAUGGUUUGGUUGGGAGAGAAAAAGAAAAGAAAAUAACAAUUUUAAAUUUUGAGAAUAGAAAAUUUUUCCUUCCAUUUUCCUCCAAUUUUAUUUUAUUUUAUUUUCCACAGAUUCCAAACAGAGCAUUAAACUGCAUAAAUACCGGUUGAUUUGCGAAGAACCGAGAAAAUCUUUAGAGAGAGAAGAACAAUACCUGUUGGGUUUAGGAAUUUUCCAUUUCGAUUGAUCGACUUCUCCAUUUGAACAAUACCUGCUCCCUCUCUCUCUCUCUCUCUGAUACCAAACUAGCGCAAGGUUUUUUACAAGAACAUUGUUUUGUAGGCCCAAAAAAAACUCGCAUUUUGAAGACGGGAGGUCCUUUAUAAACGACGUCGUCCUAGGUCCAUUCGACAAGAGAACGCAAGUUUAUUUCCUUCAACUGGGGGAUAUAGUUCCUCUACGCUGCCAUCUGCCGUGUGAUCGGGCUUUAGAGUAGACCGGAGAAGAUGAUUGUAUGCGUCGCCGUCGUCGGCCACCAGAACAACCCACUAUACAUACAGAGCUUCACUGAGGCUGAUGAUGCCCUAAAACUUCAUCACAUAGUUCAUUGCUCCCUGGACGUCGUCGACGAAAGAGUAAAUAAUCCGAAAAAGUCAGGACCGACACUGAAUGAGACAUUCCUUGGUUUGCUUUAUCCAAGUGAAAACUACAAAGUGUAUGGGUAUUUGACAAAUACUAAGGUGAAAUUCAUCUUGGUGACCACAGACCUUGACGUCCGAGAUGCAGAUGUGAGAAAUUUUUUCAGGAGGUUCCAUUCAGCAUAUGUGGAUGCAGUUUCAAACCCAUUUCACGUCCCGGGUAAAAAGAUAACCUCCAGGACUUUCGCUGAAAGGGUCAGUGGCAUUGUCAAGUCGUUUGGGUUGAGUUCAGCUGGGUGAAUUACUGCUGCUGGAGGGGAUUAAACUCUCGAACAUUGCUGGAGUUGUUGCAAAGCUUCGGUGUUGGUCCUAAUCUAGAUCAACAAAAAUAUAUUCAAGAAUACUUUUGGAUACAAUUUGUAGCGCACAUUGCCUUGUUGAGAUCUUGGAAUUUAAGUUGUACUGUGCGAGAGAGUAUUUUCUAAUCAUACUUGUUUUUCUCUUCCUCUGUAUUCUUAUAUGAAGUCUUGCCCUUUCAUAAGACGUUUUCUGUGUUGUUCA